GGCAGAAGGAGGAGGAAGGGGCGGGGCCUACGGUUGGAGUUGUCACUAGAGUCCCGAGAGUCCUGGAGAACAGCAAGUCCUAGAGUACGGGUGUUUGCCCUAAGCUUCCUGCCCGAGUGCUCCCUCCCACCUUGUACUAUCACUGCACCUAAAAAAGUACAAGAAAACUGACAGAGAGAUAGUGCAGGCAGCCAAUGGUGAGACAAGCCUGUGACAGCAGGAGACAGCAGAGAGAGGGCCUGGAUGUCACAGCAGACCAAUCCUGGAGCCGGGUACAGUAACCAAUGAAGCGCAGGCCCCGCACUCACCAAUAACCGCCUCCCUUACUUACAACUUCAGGAACUGGCUUUGCUUUUGAGACUGCCUGCCAGAAAGGGAGGACUGUGCAUGGCCACAACUCCCCAGUCCCCUGCCCUGCAGCUGCACACUUGUCCUGUGGAAUAUACUGGAUAUGGGCACCUUGUAUGCAGAGUUUCUCCUAUUCCGCCCCAUGCAUAUAACUCCUGCUGCAAAUUAAACUUUUAAAAGAAGAAGAAGAAACAGAAUCUAAGAAAUCUUCAAGUUGGACAUUUUCUGGAUUUUAUUUAUGUUUAACGGUGACUCCGAUGCAGAGUCUUCUGCAGAUUUUAUGCAUAACAUCCCAUUUAUGUAAAAGAGAGGAAGAACUGAAGUAUGAUCCAUACAUCCACUUGUGGUAGAAAUGUACUGAAUUAGUUAAUGUUAUUACAUACUGCGAGACGGCAGGAAGUGGACUCUUCUCGACAAAGAGAAAAAGAUGGAUGGUUCUUCUCCAAGACUGUUGCAUUGUCCCCUAUGGUCUCCUUCAGAAGAAUCCAAAAAAUCUCUAUCUGGAGACCUCAUGCUCUUAUAACUAGAGGAGUCACUUCUUCCAAAUAAAUGGCCGUUCUUAAUGCUUAACUUCACACUUUAUUUCUACUCAUCUUUUCUACUCAUCUCUCAGGGACAUUAUUCUACAUGGGCGCUGCUCCAACCAGAUCCAGUUACCCCAGUCACCAUGGAAGACCAGCAGAUGUACAAGACACAGCUCGUAUCCAACAGUAGUGAUAGUUUGUACUAUCAACAAAUGCAGCAUCAGGCAACCAGCCAGGUGCUCAACCAUAGUUACGACUCUCUGGACAUGAACGCCUCUGAGUCGUCUUCAUCUUCUCCUCACUUGUCCCAAGAUUCCAGAGAUGUCACGUUAAAUCCUGCAGCUAAAAAUACCGGGCAGGUGGACGCAUCCAGAUCUUCUCAUUGGUCAAAUGUAGGCAAUCACACUCAGGGGGGGAAUAAUGUCAAUUGCUUUGACCAAAGCUUACAGUGGACUUCACAGGUACAAAGCGAUGACGCAUCUGGCAUCUACCAGAUGUCUUACUAUCCGGAACUUGAUAACAGGCAGAAAUUGACCAGCAGAGCUUUACAUAAGUUGGAUUCUUUCACGCAGGUAUUCGCUAGGCAGAACUUAAGAAUUCACGCCAUGGCUCAGGCUUUACCGGAGCAGUCGCUAGCAGACUGUGAUAGUACUCUCAGGCAACUACUGUCAGUCAAAGCGACUGGUGAGCAGCAAACGCUAUCUACCAGUAUGGACAGGUAUCCUCAGGUCUCGCAGCAGAUGCAUCAUAGCCUAUCGAACCAACAGCAGAAGCAUCAUGUACAACCCAUGCCGCAAUCCCAGUCGCCUUUUUACUAUGAUUACUUCCAGCAUGCCGCCCCCGAGUCUUUAAUGCAGCAGUAUGGACAGCAAGUUCAGCCAAAUCAGGUUCUGCCCCAACAUGGACAGGGCAUGCAGCAAACGCGAUAUUAUAUGCAGCAGCCUCAGUCUGAACAGCAGCGACUCUUACAUCAAGCCAUGCAGCAGCAGGUGGCUCCAUUUUCGGAGUAUUACCAAAUGCAGUCUGCAGGGCAAGAAAUGCAUCACAACGUGACGCAGUCGCAUCACCAUCACGUGCAUCUUCAGCAGCAAGCCGCGUACAACAAUAUCAAAGUAGAGCGUUAUACCCCAAAUCAGUCCCAUGAUGUGCAGCUGACCCAGCUGGGCGCUCUUCCUCAGUACUUGUUCCAACAUACUCAAGCAGUCCGAAAUUCAUAUAAACGUGGUGCGGCCCCACAACUGACUCUUCCACAGGAUCAAAAGCCAUAUAAGAAUGAAGCUCAGCCUGCGGUCCUCAUGGACAGAUCUGUUGGGUUAGCAAAUACAGACAAUCUAAAUAACUAUAGCCAGGACGAUAUGGGAAUAAUGGCUGACAGUGCCCCUCAACGACAUGCUUUAACACAGGAUACCUCCUACCUGCUUAGUAGUCAAGGAACCCUUCAUUCUCCCAACACAGUGUGGCCCCAGCAUGUGUCUGAUGGGAAAAUCCAGACUGUUUCUCCAGACAACAGCAAGUUGUUCCUGGAUGAGUCUAAAAGCCGUCUCACAUGCUCCGUAUGCGGAAAGGAAUUCCGGAGCCUGCCCGCCUUGAACGGCCACUUAAGGUCACAUGGUGGGGUGCGAAUCACAGUAGCCCCGAAACAGGACGAAGGCCAGAAGUCACAGACUAGAGAGGCGGACAACCUCACGCCCAUCGUCAUGCCUGUCUCUGUACCUGUCAAGCUUGUGCCAUCUGAUGCCAAUGCUCAGCUCAGCCUCAGAGCAGAUCAGCCAGAAAACGAUAUGUCCAAUGAUGAAAUGCCCAUCUUAACAAGGAUGACUUACUCCCCGCCAUCCUCCCCAAAGGCGGACAGGUCAUGCCCGUCUUCUGAAAUAAUCAGAAAACCUCAAGAAUCUGGUAUGAAAUUGGGCAAAACCUAUGGAACCAAACCUCAGCAAGAGCGGAGGAAAUAUCGCCACAGACCUGAACCACUGUUCAUCCCUCCACCUUCCUUCAGUGCAAAUCCAUCUCAUUCAGGGGCAACGUUGUACCAAAGCCAGCUCCGCUCCCCUCGCCUUAUUGCGGAUUCCUUGCUGCUGGGAAUUCAGGAGCCACCAACCUACACUCCACCACCCAUGCUUAGUCCUGUGCGGCAAGGAUCAGGACUUUUUAGCAGUGUCAUCACCGCAGCACACAAUGCUCAUCUUCCGCUUACCCCCCUGACACCUACUCCAAGGGUGCUGCUCUGCCGGCCUAACAGCAUUGAUGGGACCAUCGUUACAGUAACACCAGGACCUGGAGAACAAACCGUUGACGUUGAACCGAAAAUCAAUAUCGGAUCAAGAUUCCAGGCAGAAAUUCCAGAUCUGCAGCACUGCUCAUUGCUGGAGAAGGAUAAGCACAAUGCAACCUUGGUGUGGAAACCUUGGCCGGACCUAGAGACUGAAGAAUCGCAGCACAGGGUGGAAGUGUUCCUGAGCAUGUCAUGUUCCAGUGUUCUACCAGGAGGAGGAACCAACAUGGAAUACGCAUUGCAUUCUCUUUUUGAGGCCAAAGGAAACAUCAUGACUGCGUUGGAGAUGCUGCUCUUAAAAAGUGCACCAAAGCUAAAAACUCAUCCACUAGCAAGUUACCACUAUGCAGGAUCAGACUACUGGACCAACAAUGAGAAGAAGAGCUUCAACAAAGCAAUAAACACCUGCAAUAAAGAUUUCUUCCAUGUGCAAAAGAUGAUCAAGACAAAGACGGUGUCGCAGUGCGUGGAAUACUAUUACACCUGGAAGAAGAUUCUGCACAUGGGCCGCCGGCACAGGACGCGGCUCGUUGAACUCCAUGAGGACGAUACGACCAGUGUGGAUGAUGUGGAUGAGGAGGAAGGAGCUGACCACAGAAAGUAUGAAGUAGACUAUGAACCCGUACACAAGACCCCAGAGUUACUCCACCCAGGAGAGGGCGACACUUCUGUCACUGCGAACCCCGGUCCGCCAGCUGGGAGCUUUGUGUGCGAAAUGGGAAACUGCGGCGCUAUAUUCUGCUCUAGGCAGGCUUUGAAUGGCCAUGCCCGUAUCCAUGGAGGAACAAUUACCCCCGCCAAGGUGUAUACAGCUACCGGGACAGGAAGAGCCAAGUCUGGAGCCCAGAGCGAGUACUGUUCAGUAAAGAGCUCCCCGGCGCACAGCACCACCAGCGGAGAGACCGACGCCACAUCCAUAUUCCCAUGUAAACUCUGCGGAAAGGUCUUCUACAAGAUCAAAAGUCGUAACGCUCACAUGAAGACCCACAGGCAGCAGGAGGAGCAGCAGAGGCAGAAGGCACAAAAGGCAGCGGUGGCAGCGGAGAUGGCCGACACCAUCGCAAGGACUAUAGUAAGGACUACUCUGCCCCCAGACAACAUGAUGUCCUUCGAUCCCUUCUGCCUGAUAAAAUCCUUGGAAGAAGACUUUGACGACGACGUGGCUCAGGAUUUAGAAGACGUCUUAGAGGAGACGGAGGUCAUGCACUCCGAUCUGAUUUUGGAUGACGAGGAUGUAGAUCUACUGCAAGAUGGGGACUUGUAGCCCGGCAUGGCGACCGGCCACCAAUAUGGAUCCUGACUGGAAAAGCUUUUUUCAUUUCCUGCACAAAUUGGGUUAUAGUUGAGAGGGGGGGGAGGGGGUCGUCGUAAUUAAGCCUUGUAGCCACCGACGUACUGUAACGGGAAGUAUGGGCGACAUUGUUUACAAAUCCUUUACAUGAAAGUAGAGAGCAUUGUUUCCCUACCAGUGUGCCUCCGGCUGUUGCAAAACUACAACUCCCAGCAUGCCCGGACAGCCAAAGGCUGUCCGGGCAUGCUGGGAGUUGUAGUUUUGCAACAGCCGGAGGCACCCUGGUUGGGGAAACCCUGCUCUAGAGAUUUGUAAGGAUCCACCUGACAACCCCCAAAGCACCCUUGAGUCAUUGAGGCGACCAGGUGCAGUAUGGUGCUCUGUAUACAGCAUGUACCUUGAGUGGCCACUAGGUGGCAGCUGUUAUUUAGAUGUCUUAAAGGGGUUUA